UAGAGUCGAAAGUCUUACGUUGAAUCGCGCUUGUCUGGAAAAUGGAGCUGUAAUGAGAUGAGAUAAAAACAAAGAAAGAGAAAGAAAGCAAACAUUCUCUGCUUUUUCCUCUUCUUCUCCUCACGCAUAUGGCUUCUAUCCUCUCUUUCUUCAUCUUUUUCGUUCUUACAUGUUUCUCAUCCGCCAAUGCUGAAUCUAAUUCCACCUUCACCCCCAUCAAUCGCGAUCUCUACCAUUCCAGUAUCGAUUUGUUAGAGCAGAUAAAGGCAUUGGUUCAUCGUCACCCAGACAAACUCACUUUGGAGACGAUUAAAACUGGAAACAAAGGUUACCAGGCAGAGAUCACAGUGGCUACUUAUUGUAGGAGUAGGAGAGGAAGUGAUGACAGGUCUAAGUUUCGGAUCCUUCUUAGUUUUGGACAGCAUGGUAGGGAGCUCAUUACAUCAGAACUUGCAUUGCGGAUAUUGUCAAUCUUAAGUGAAGAACAGUUUUUACCCAAUACAAAUCCAACUUCCUUAAAAAGUGCUCUAGACAAGCUUAUCAUAAAGGUGGUGCCUCUCGAAAAUUUGAAUGGCCGCAAAUUCGUUGAAGGAGGAGAUCUUUGUGAGAGGAGAAAUGGAAGAGGAGUUGAUCUCAACCGGAACUGGAGUGUUGAUUGGGGCAAAAAGGAGAAGGAUUAUGAUCCAUAUGAAGAGAAUCCGGGCUCUGCUCCCUUCAGUGAGCCUGAAACCCAAAUAAUGCGGAAACUUGCCCUAUCAUUUGAUCCUCACAUAUGGGUUAACGUGCACUCUGGAAUGGAGGCUUUGUUUAUGCCAUAUGACCACAGAAACACAACCCCUGAUGGGUCACCUACAGAGCGGAUGAAAUCAUUGCUUAAUGAACUAAAUCAAGUUCAUUGUCACAACCGUUGCAUGAUUGGUUCAGGAGGAGGCUCUGUUGGGUAUCUUGCACAUGGGACAGCAACAGAUUACAUGUACGAUAUUGUAAAAGUGCCUCUGGCUUUCACCUUUGAGAUAUAUGGGGAUCCAACAGCUUCAUCAAAAGACUGCUUUAAAAUGUUCAAUCCUGUCGACCUCACUACCUUCAAUAGAGUUCUGAAUGAUUGGUCUGCUGCCUUUUUCAAAAUAUUUAAAUUGGGACCACUCCAACUAGAUGAGAUUGGAUCAAAGGGCUCCACAUCCAAUUUGGACAAGUGGGUAUCAAUAGAUGAAUAUCUUGAUGGGUACUUAAUGGAGAGGAGAAAUAGAUAUGGGAAGAAGAUGGAGGUGCUAGAUCUUGGGAUGCAGGAGAUAAGAACAUAUUUUAGGCUCUUCUUGCUAUCCUCUGUUCUGUUGUUGUUCAUGUUCUGUUCUAGAAUUGCAAAGAGCAAGUCUAGUAGACCGUAGACCUAUUGAUUCGGCCACGGCCACGGCCACAGUAUAAUUUGCACGUAUACGCGUGGGUUUUUGAUUGAUAGAGACAUAGAUGUAUUACAUUCUUUAGAGAAGAGAUUUUGAUUUGUGUAAUUAAACUUCAUAUAGGAUCUUUUGUUUUUUUUUUUUCACAAUGGGGCGAAGGGAUUAUUUAGUGAGCAUGUGCUUUCUCUUUCAACUUCCAGUAUAUGAAUGUCACUUCCUGGAAUAAC